AUGUUCCAGGAACGGCGACAAAAUCAAUUUCCACCAAUUACGCAGCAGACUAAAUUUAAACUAUUGAAAGAUGUUACACAACAACCAUAUCGAAUUGGUGUGGUUCAAUAUUAUCCUCCGAACAAUAAGAAAAUUUUGAAAGCGGAAACUAUAAUACGGAAUGAUGAUAGUGAUCCUGAAAUUCCUGAUCCUGGUGGUGAAAUUGUUGAAAGAAAUCGAAAGGAGCGCCAGCAACGUAUUGCUGAUCAUACCAAAGAAGAACUUGAUAGAGUUCUUAAACGUGUUGAUAAUACUUUAUACAACUAUGAAUAUUCUGUUCAAUCAUCGUUACUUCAACAUGGAAUGACACGUGAUGAAUUGAAUAGUAUUGAACACGUAGCUGAUGUUCGAGAAUUGGAAUAUCUAUUAAAUGAUAGUCUUGCUAAACAACGAUAUAAACAACGUUUGAUGAUUUUUAUUGUUGGACAAACAGAACAAGCCGAUGAAAAAGCUAAACUACUACAACAACUUUCACAGUUUUUCGUUGAACAAAGACAAAACUUUAGUGCUGCUGAAUUCAAUGAUGUUGAUAAUUCAGGAGACACUCAUGAUGAAAUCGAAGCUACUCUCAAAUCAUUCGAUGUCAAAGAUUGUUAUCUUCACGUUAAAGCAUUGGGAAAUAGAAUUAAUGAACUCAAUGAAGAAAUUAUUCAAUUUUUAAUACAAAAUACUGGAACAAAGCAAACAAAAGUCAUGGUUGAAAGAGGAAAACGUAAAUUAGCACAAGUAACCAAAGAAGCGAAAGAACAAUUAGCAGAUCUUCAAUCAAAAUUACAAAUUACAAAUACAGAAAUGAUAUCACGAGACGAAAAAAUUCAAACGCUAGAAAAAGAUGUUGAUGGAGUACGUGCUGAAGUUAAAUCAAGCCAAGAAUCUCAAAAAAAAUUACAAGACGAUCUUAGAAGACGUGAAGCUGAACUGAAAUUUUUCAAACGAAAGUAUAAUGAGUUAGAAGAAGUUGUUCACCGAUAUAAAAAUCAACUUGGUGAUAUACCCGGUUUAACUGGCUUUCUAACAAGCACAGGUCAAUCUGAAACAGAAGAUGUUGAUGAUCCAUCGAAAAUGAAUUUGGAAACCACUGAUGAGAAUGAAAAUAAAUAUGAUAAAGAAAGUCUUGCAAAUCAAACAGCUCGAGAACCAGGUCAGCCAGGAGUAGGUCCUUCUUCUACCACUGAACCAACAGCAACAAAUAAUGCAACAAAGCAUGGAGCAACAGCACCAAUUGUUGCUCCUCCAGCACAAGCAGACUCAAAAGAUCCAAAAAAAGCCAAAGCUCGAGUAUGUAAAUUUCUAAAUGCAAUUAGAUAUCUUAAUGAAUUACGUCUGCUUUUGUUUAUCAAGGAUAAACUAAAACGAAAAGCAGCUCGUUCAAAAAAAGAGACAACAAAUCAAACCGGUGCCGACGAUCCAAGUGAAAUGUAUCGUCGUAGUCAAGAAUUACUUGAGUCAUUACUAGCUGAUAAAAGUGACAAUGCACCUGAUCUUAAUUCAUUAUUUAAGCCGACCCGGGGUAUCGAUUUAAAUAAUGUAACUAUUGACAAUUUACCAACAGCAUUUACCAAUCUACGAAGAUUUGCCAUUACUCGGGUGAGAGAAUUAUUAAAAGAACUCGAAACAAAAGAAUCAACGAACAAAGAAACGGUACAAAUUUUAAAACAAGAGUUUGUGGAGCAUAAAACAACAUAUGAAAAGGAACGAAACGCAUUAGCUGAACAAGUAGAUCAUGCUCAUCAACUACAAAUAAAAGCUCAAAAAACAGCCGAAGAAGCAUUAAAUCACUUAGAAUUAUUUAUGAACGAACAAGAAAAAUUGGAUGAAGAAGACGUUGCUCGUCAAACUGAACUUGUUCAUCGUCAUUCUGCUGCUGUUAAUAAUGUAACUGGUGGUACUAUAUCUCCACUAGAUGCUAGUGCUGCUAUGGAUGAUUCAAUGAAUGAUCGUUUAUCACCAAAUCACAAGCGUGUGUCAUCAUCAAAAAGUCAAACGCAAAAAAUUUCUGGUAGUGGUGGUCAUGGAUCACCAAAUCCAGAUUCAGCUGAUGUAGCAAGAUCAAUUAUACAAGAAACAACACAAACACUACAACGUUUAUCAGCUAGUCUUCAUAAAAUGACAUCACCGAAACAAACUCAACAAACAGAUUCCGUUGAACAACACACAACACCACCAACACCAUUAUUACGUCGUAAAACACAGGAGUUAUUACGUAAAAAAUCGUCUCUUGAACAAGCUCACCAAGCACAACAUGACCAUUCAAAUUCUUCAUCACGUCGUAUAAGUGGUGUUAUGAACGAUGAUUUUCUUCCACUAUCAAAAGUAGUUACACCACAACAAUAUGAUCAUUCAUCGUUGGGACAAUCGCGUGCAUUAACACGAACUAACUCUAUGAAUCCAGCUUAUAGAGACCAUGACAAACUCUCUAGUGGUGAACGAUCAUACUUUGCAUCGGCAUUACAAUCACGUCGAGUAUCCAUAGGUGCGAAUCGGUCUCCUGUACGAGCUGAAGAACUUGAAAAAGUGUUAACUAAGCUUGUUAAUGAAGAAAUUGAAGCAUUAGAAAAGUUUCGACAAGUGUCAGUUAAAAGUCGUACAUCAUUACGUGAAAAAUACAUGUCAUUGUUAGAAGAGAAAAAACACGAACUAACCGAUCUUAAACAGCAAGCUGAUAUUACAUUGUCAAGACCAACAACAACAUCAUCAAGAGAAAGAAAACCAUUUGAACCACUAGAAAAUGGCAAAGGUCUUGUCAAGCAACAAUCAUUAAUCUAUCCAUUAGAUAGUAGUAAUCGUGGUGAACUUGCUAGUAACAAAGAAAAUCGACGACGUGUAAAAAGAUAUAAUCAACAACAACAAACAUCAUUCGAUAAUUCAGCAGUAUCCAUGGUUGAAACAGAAAAACAAAAUAUUCAUGAAUCAGAAGUGAUUGAAAGGGAUCACUUUAAAGUUCCAUUUUUUCAUAUAUACGAAACGAUCUAUAAAUUUCGUCAUUCAAUAAUUAAUUUACUGGAACAAAAUAAACUUAUCUCACUCGCUGAUCGUCUUGAUAUGAUUAAACAAUUAUCAACAUCGGAUGAUAAUCCAACCAAUGAGUUUGUUGAUAAUUCUGAACGUGUACUCAAAGAUACAGUUAAAGUUUUACAAACAUGCAUGACAGCAUUGGCUGUAGAUAAAAAUGCAAGCGAAGAAAAACAAACAGAAAAAGUUUAUGAACAGUCUAUACCGACAAUGAAAACUUCAACAACCGAAAGUGAUCAUUCGUCGAUUAUUCAACAAAAAGAAUCGAUUAUUGAUGAUUUAACUAAUAAAUAUCAGCAAUUAUCACAGGUACUCGAUGACAAUAAUAAAAAACAUAACGAAGAAUUAGUAGAAACCGAACGUGUCAUUGGCGAUCAACAAAAAUUAAUUCAAAAUCUUCAACGUGAAUUAAUGCGCAUUCAAAAACGUUUAUCGAAAGUUGAAAAUGACGGCAUUGUUGAACCAAGUGUUAUGUUUACCCGUCUUGAUGCUGAACGUAAUGAAAAAUUACUUAAACAAGCUGUUGACAAAGGAAAAGUAUCCGAAACAACGUUUAAUGAAAUAAACGAAACGAUGGGAGAUUAUGUUCGUUUACCGACUCAACAAUUUGGCAAUAUUGUUAAACGAUAUAUUCAACAUCGAAAAGCAACUGAACUUGAAGAUCGUAUUCAAAGUGAAACAUUCGACAACGAAACAAAGAGUGUCAUGGAAAGAAUGGGAUCAUAUUAUGAAAGACGUUCGGGAAAAAUAAGUGAACGCAUAUCAAGUAUUCGUCAGCAUCGCACAGCAUUAGCACGAUCGUUAACAGAAAAAUUCGAUGAUCUUGAACAUGAAAGUAGUAUAUUUUUAGUUCGUCCGGUUUAUUCCUAUCAAGGACGAACUGCCGUUCAAUCAUAUAUGGAAAAUGAAAAACGAAAACAGGAUUCAUUAUUAAAAGGAAGCGAUAAAAAGAAAAAACUUCUUCGUAGUAGACUGUCGGAAUCUGUGACUGAUCAACCAACUGAGAGUACUAGCCGAGAAAUGACAAUAGGAUUGUCUUCAAGUGCAUCGGAUGAUGAUGAGAGAUUAUUUCAAAUUGAUAAAAGUCUUCCCGUAUUAAGACCAACACCAGCUAGUGAAAUGUCAUCUCAAAAUGUUGAUUUAACUGCUACUAGUUCUAAUGGUGAUAGUAAACAGAAACUAGUACAAUUCGGUGAAAUAUCACGUUUACAAGAAUUUGAUAUCCAACGUACAUUAAUGCCAAUGUCUCAUGCUAGUGCAACAUUAUCAUCAGUUAAUGCAAAUCAUGGCAUUGAUCCAACUGUACCAUCAGUUAAUUUACGUUCCUACGUAACAUUAUCAAGACCCGGCGUUAGUACAAAUGCUCGAGACAUAAAAUCAAUUGAAACUGGUAAUCCUGUUUCAAGAGCAGAUCUAUCUAUUUUAUCAGUAGCAAGUCAAAUAACAAAUCCUCGAACACCAUUUAAUUCAACGGUCGGUGAUUUAAGACGAGCAAGUCCGCCGUUACCACCAAUAAAACGAUCAGGAACAACAAGCAUAUCACCAUCAGCUGAAGAAAGGCCAAGCGAUGAAUUUAUUCCAUCAGUUAGUACUACUGAAUUCGCUCCAAUUGAUCAUACGAUACCAGAAGAGAAAGACGAAGAUAAAUAA